AUGGCUGCUCCGACCCAGAAGUUCCCGUGUAAUACUUGCGGGCUGGGAUUUACGAACAGUAUGGAGCAGCGCGAACACAUGCGGUCGGAUUGGCAUGUGGGGAAUCUGCGGCGCCGGAUCGCGGGGGAAGGUGUGCUGGCGGAAGAGGAACGACGGUCUCUAUCGCCGCCAAUCAUAGAGCCGGAGGAUGAAUAUGAAGAAGAAGACGAAGGAGAACAAGAGGGUGACGAGGGUGGAAUGGUAGCAGUCGAGCAGUGUCUGUUCUGCCCUCUCACACUCUCUUCAAUCGACUCCACGCUCGAGCAUAUGAGCCAAACGCAUGGACUGUACAUACCUCAUGUCGAUCGCAUACCCGACCUUUCAUCCUUCCUCGGCUUCCUCAACACACUCGUCUUCAACCACCACGAGUGCCUGUAUUGCGGAGCGCAGAAAGGGAGUGUAAGCGGUGUGAGGACGCAUAUGAGAGACAAAGGACAUGAGAAGGUUCGGUGGGAGGAUGUGGAGGAGUUUUGGGAUGGGGCUGGGGAUGGGGAAGAGGGAAAAGAGGUAGAAAGAAGAGGGGAAACGGAGUGGCAACUACCAUCCGGAGCAAUUAUAAACAGCAGAUCCGACUCGACAUGUAAACCACGGCAUGCACGGUGGAGGACUAGAGCGCACGAGAAGGCUACGGCGCGCGCUGCAAUUACUUCUACGCCUUCUAGCGACCGCCAACUUACACGCAACGCCGAGCUGAGUCUAUCCAGCGUUGCGGAUUCGCAAAUCAGGACGUUGCGGUGCGCUGAGAAGAAAUCUAGAAGUACGGAAGCGAUUGCAAGGACAGCAUGUAGAUGGAAGAUGGAGCAAGCGCCCGUGUUGACGAAGUAUUACAAGAAGCAGAAUCCGGUGUAUCAGGCUGGAUGA